ACAGCAGCAACAACAACUACUUCUGCUCUGACAACGACAGCAACAACAACACCUGCUCCAACAACCACGACUGCGGCAACAACAACACCUGCUCCAACAACAACAGCAGCAACAACAACUACACCUGCUCCAACAACAACAAGUGCAGCAACAACUACACCUGCUCCGACAACAACGACAGCAGCAACAACUACAACUGCUCCAACAACAACAGCAGCAACAACAAUACCUGGUCCGACAACAACAACAGCAGCAACAAUUACACCUGCUCCAACAACAACAACAGCAACAACAACUACACCUGCUACAACAACUGAAGCAACAACUACACCUUCUCCGACAACAACGACAGCAGCAACAACAACUACUUCUGCUCCAACAACAACAACUACAGCAACAACUACACCUACUCCAACAACAAGUAUGUCAACAACGACAACUACAGCAACAACACCUGCUCCAACAACCACGACCGUGGCAACAACAACACCUGCUACAACAACAACGACUGCUGCAACAACUACACCUGCUCCAACAACGAGAACUGCAGUAACAACAACACCUGCUCCAACAACCACGACUGCGGCAACAACAACACCUGGUCCAACAACAACAGCAGCAACAACAUCUACACCUGCUCCAACAACAACAACUGCAGCAACAACUACACCUUCUCCGACAACAUCGACAGCAGCUACAACUACACCUGCUUCAACAACAACAACUUCAUCAACAACAACACCUGCUCCGACAACAACGACAGCAGCAACAACUACACCUGCUCCAACAACGACAACUACAGCAACAACAACACCUGCUCCAACAACAACGACUGCUGCAAUAACGACAGCAGCAACAACUACUUCUGCUCUGAUAACGACAACGACAGCAACAACUACACCUGCUCCAACAACGACAACUGCUGCAACAACAACACCUGCUCCAACAACAACGACUGCUGCAACAAAACGACAGCAACAACAACUACACCUGCUCCAACAACGACAACUGCUGCAACAACAACACCUGCUCCAACAACAACGACUGCUGCAACAACGACACCUGCUCCAACAACGAGAACUACAGCAACAACAACACCUGCUCCAACAACCACGACUGCGGCAACAACAACACCUGCUCCAACAACAACAGCAGCAACAACAACUACACCUGCUCCAACAACAACAACUACAGCAACAACUACACCUGCUCCAACAACGACAGCAGCAACAACAACUACACCUGCUCCAACAACAACAACUACAGCAACAACAACACCUGCUCCAACAACCACGACUGUGGCAACAACAACACCUGCUCCAACAACAACAGCAGCAACAACAACUACACCUGCUCCAGCAACAACAACUGCAGCAACAACUACACCUUCUCCGGCUACAACGACAGCAGCUACAGCUACACCUACUUCAACAACAACAACGUCAUCAACAACAACACCUGCUCCAACAACAACGACAGCAGCAACAACUACACCUGCUCCGACAACAACAACAGCAGCAACAACUACACCUGCUCCAUCAACAACAACUGCUGCAACAACAACACCUGCUCCAACAACGACUGCUGCAACAACGACACCUGCUCCAACAACGACAACUACUCCAACAACAACGACUGCUGCAACAACGACACCUGCUCCAACAACGACAACUACAGCAACAACAACACCUGCUCCAACAACAACAAGUGUGGCAACAACAACUACACCUACUCCAACAACAACAACUACAGCAACAACAACACCUGCUCCAACAACAACUACAACAACAACUACACCUGCUCCAACAACGACAACCGCUGCAACAACAACACCUGCUCCAACAACAACGACUGCUGCAACAACGACACCUGCUCCAACAACGACAACUACAGCAACAACAACACCUGCUCCAACAACCACGACUGUGGCAACAACAACACCUGCUCCAACAACAACAGCAGCAACAACAACUACACCUGCUCCAGCAACAACAACUGCAGCAACAACAACUACAGCAACAACAACACCUGCUCCAACAACAACAAGUGUGGCAACAACAACUACACACUACUCAACAACAACAACUACAGCAACAACAACACCUGCUCCAACAACAACUGGUGCGCCGACAACAACAACAACAGCAGCAACAACUACUUCUACUCUGACAACGACAACGACAGCAACAACAACUACACCUGCUCCAACAACGACAACCGCUGCAACAACAACACCUGCUCCAACAACGACAACUACAGCAACAACAACACCUGCUCCAACAACCACGACUGUGGCAACAACAACACCUGCUCCAACAACAACAGCAGCAACAACAACUACACCUGCUCCAGCAACAACAACUGCAGCAACAACUACACCUUCUCCGACAACAACGACAGCAGCUACAACUACACCUACUUCAACAACAACAACGUCAUCAACAACAACACCUGCUCCAACAACAACGACAGCAGCAACAACUACACCUGCUCCAACAACAACAGCAGCAACAACAACUUCUUCUGCUCCAACAACAACAACUACAGCAACAACUACACCUGCUCCAACAACGACAAAUGCAGCAACGACAACUAUAGCCACAAUGACACCUGCUCCAACAACAACGACUGCAGCAACCACUACACCUGCUCCGACAACAACAACUACAGCAACAACAACACCUGCUCCAACAACAACUAGUGCGCCGACAACAACAACAGCAGC